UCCAGGGAGGGGGUGUGAGCUUCCUCCUGACGCCGUUUCCGGAGGAGAGGGGGCCGAAUAUAUAAGCCAGGUUGCUGCUGCAGUGCUCGGUCGGGGAUUGUCGGCAACCGCUUUCGAGAAGGCAGAGGAUCUUGGGACGGGCAAGAAGGACAGUGGAUAAUCUAUUUCGCGACUCGGCGCUCGCUCAAGGUCAAUCCCAUCUUUCUGCCCCGCCGACAAAGCCAAGAAGCGCAGCCGGACGGCCCCACCCUUCACCCCGCAGUGUCUACGGCCAGCAGAAUGACUCGCGCGGCGUUUUUCGCAGCCUUCCUCCUCGUAGCCCCAGUAAUUUCACUUCCAGUAACAAAUCCAACAACUCAAGAUGACACCAAGGUGAUGACGUGCAUCGCUGAGGUUAUUUCUAAUACAGUAGCGAAGCCAAAACCACUCUCAAUCAGCCAAGAAUGCCUAGAAACUCUCCAAGGAGAUGAAAGAAUUCGUUCCAUCCUUCGCCAUCAAAACUUACUAAGGGAACUUCAAGAGAUUGCAGUUCAAGGAGCAAGUGAAAGAACAGAGCAGCAGAAGAAAAACCGUGGAUUUGAAGAUGAGCUUUCUGAAGUCCUUGAAAGCCAAGGCAAUGGGAACACGGAAAGAGAUCCAUCAGAGGGGACCCACAAUGAGAAGCCAACGGCCUCUUUGGCCGAGCUGGAAGCAGAAAAGUCUUUUCAGAAUAAAGAAGAUGUUUUGAAAGAGGAGGAGAAAAAUAGCUUGGAAGAGAGAGAGCCAAGGAUUCGAGAUGUUGAUCUUGAUGAUGAAAAGGAGAAUAUAGCAGGAUUUGAGGGCAAUGAGGUUGAUGAAAUGGAAGGAUUGCCUUGGAGUGAUACAAUAGACAAUCACAUCAGUGACAUCAGGGGAGAGGAUGUACUUAAGCAGACACACCAGGAAGUUGAAGAAGUUGCAGGGACAGCGGGAUCUGAGGAUGAGAAGGAGCAUGUUUUCCAAGAGAGUCAGGAGGAAAGGAAGGAGGAAGAAGUUGGCAAGGUCAGGGAGCAAGUUGAGGAGGAAGAAGAGGAGGAGGAAGAAGAAAAGGAUGAAGAAGAAGAGAAAGAGAGGAAUGGUUCUGAAGAAGAACAUCCUACCAGUUCAGACAAUGUGGAUGAUCAAAGGGAAAAUGAUAAUCAAGAUGAUGACAAAAAUAUCUCAGAAGAUACAGAUAAAUAUCAUAAUGUGAAAAGUAGAGGGAAUCGUUUUCUAGAUGGAACAUGGCAGGAUGACGACUCCUCCCAUGAUAGCAGUUCCAAAAGUGAAGAGAUGGGAAAAAACCCUUUCCAAGAUGUAGAAGAUGCUAAAAGAUGGAACAAGAUGGAUGAACUGGCCAAACAACUGACUACUACAAAACGUGCAGAGGAGAAUGAAAGUGAUGAAGAUCCAGAUAAAUCCAUGCAAAUGGCUUUCAAAGCCCACAACACAGGUGACUUCCAUAACUCUCCAGAAGAUGAAGCAAGGCGGCUGCAGAAGCAUCAUUCAAAAGAGGACAGUGAACAAGGUUUUCCACUUCUUCCCAUACCAGAAGAAAAAAAGGAUGAAGAAGGAAGUGCAAACAGGAGGACUGAGGACCAAGAACUGGAAAGCUUGGCUGCAAUUGAAGCAGAACUGGAGAAAGUUGCUCGCAAGCUCCACGCCCUGAGAAGAGGUUAAUGCACCAUAACAUGGGAGCAAGACACUAGAAAUGUUGAAUCACUGUUUUAAACACUGCAUUUUAUUUUAAAACAAAGUAAUAAUGGAGGAGGUGAUUAUUUUUUUGCAAACUCCUGUAUUGCAACAAAAAACAGCCAUCUCUUUUUUUUUCUAGUUGCAAUGCUUUUUUGCUUUUUGUCAUUAUUUGCUUAUUUGCUUUCUGUUUGCUUUAGUAAUCACUUUAUUUUGAAAUGUUUGGAAUACUGCAUAACAAGCAGUAUGACUUAACUCACGUAUUCUCUAUUGUGCAAGAAAAAGAUGGAUUUAUAAUUUCCUCUCCUGUUAUUUCUUUUCCCUCCUCUUUUCCCUUCAUUAUCAGCUUUCUAGAAUUAUUUCUCCCAUUAGAUUUCCUAGAUAAAAUUACUUGCAAUAACUUGUUAACCUUCUGAUUUAAAGAUAGCACUCUUGACUGCAAUAUAUUCUAUAUAAAAACUAAGGAGAAAAAUAAAGACACAAUCUUGGUCUCCCUUCUUUGCCUAUUUCAGCUGCAAUCUAACAUACAUUUAGGUAACAUUUUUGCAAAGGUUCAAGACAGUGCCGUGAUUAAAGUGCUGAUUCUAGAUUCUGUGUAUAGAUACAGAUUCACACACAAUUCCCCUGGUUUGUUGAAUAAAUCUAAUAUUUUUGUAAAGUAAGUUUUUUAAAAGUAGCUCAGUGAAUAAACCUGGCCUGUAUACAGGUAACAAGGAAAGUUGCACUUUCUAAAGCAGGAUGAGCAAUUUGCAGCCAUUGGCUUAAUAACUUCAAUAAGGACCAAUAACUUUUCAAAUAGCCUCUUCAAAUGCUAUAGAAAGUGAAACUUUUUUUUUAGCAGUCCACUGAAUUGAGAGGAAAAAACAGAACGACAAAAAUAAAACCCAUGUCCAUUCCUAAAAUGUAACUAUUUUUAAUGAACUAUUUUUGCCAUCCACCAUCGCAUCAAGACAAAUUCCUUGUGUCCAAUCAUACUUGACCAAUAAAAAAUUCUAUUCUAUUCUAUUCUACUCUACUCUAUCCACAGAUCAAUUAUGCCAGCCAAGUGAAGGAGUAUAAGGCCACAGUAUUCAUCAGCUGGCUAAGUCAUUUUGAUAGGACUGUCAAUCAGCUGUCCCAGUGCCUGGAGACCAUGAGGGUCUGGAUGAGGUAGCAACACUAAAUAGCUAUGGAUAUUUGGGCCUUCUAGAAUUGGUGAAUGGGGAUUAAGAUUUCUUAAGUUUCCCCUUCAGAUAGAUUCUGAGGCAGCUCAUAACAUCCAAAAUACAAUUACAAACAUAACCACCACUAGGGAGGGUUGUAUUAACUCACUUAAGGUUAGUGAGCAAUAUGAGGGUCUUUUGAACCUGCAACUUCUGUUUGAAAAACAGGCGAUAGCUCUGGUCAAAAAGGCAUAUACAUAGAUCCACCUAAUUGUACUCUUUUUGACAAGUCCUUUGGUCCCUUCACAUAUGGACUAUUGUAACAUGCUUUUAUACCACAGAUCUUGAAUAUCUCAGAAGUUGCAGCAGAUCCGGAAUGCAGCAAUUUGGGCAGUUACCUGUAUGCUUCAGUAUAUCUAGCUAACAUCUUUGAUUAAGGAGAUGCACUGGGGUUAACAAAAGGCUUUCAAAUGUAAUUCAAGGAGCUGGUUAUUACUUUAAAAACCCCCACAGCAUUAGGCCUAGCUAUUAGCUACUUGAAGGAUUAUCUCCCAGUGUUAAUCCUUUCCAUCUGAUCUGAUGGAAUUGGCAUGCCCAGGUCCUGUUGAUAAAAUGUCAACCAAUAGGACCCUGGAACUCUGCUUUCUUUCGCACUGAUGACACCCUCAAAAAGCUCUCAAAACUUGGAUUUUCUCCCAGGAUUUUAAUUAGCUUUAUGGAUGGGGUCUUCAAGUGUAUAGUUGUGGAGGUAAACCAAGCCAUUUUUGAUAAUUUUCAUUCAUUUUUAAUAUGGUACAUUGCCCAGAACUGAUUUGAAUAGGGUCUCCCUACAAAUCUAAAAAAUUAUAUUGUAAUGCAAAAAGGUUGGGAGACUGCAUUCUUGGUACUCCUGGUAAAAAUAAACUAGCAGAUGAGGAAGACAACUUUUCUGGUGUAAGAUUUCUGAAGUGCAUAAAGUGGGGACUUUGGGUAAGAAAGCCUGAUCUCCCUGAAAUGGAA